AUGCGAAGGUCACAUAUCUGCCUCUUCCGGCAUACCUUGAAACGAGCCCGGCUCAAUCUCAUUCAGAUUCGCAAUGGGACGUUCUACAAAGAACAUCCGUCGACGGAUCGCCAUCAUGACUCUUCUUCAAAUCCCCCUCUGUUCCCAGAUCUGACGUUCGAGCUGCCUGCAACAUUGCCUGACAAAAGUCACCCCGUCGAGAGGAAAGAUGAACAUUGGGCGGUCAUCAGUGCUUCGGAUGGCGCGACGUUUCUCGAGAUUCUACGGGGUUCGCACAUCUGCUUGCCGCCCAAUGCGAGGUCCUUCCCUUACCUGGCCUCCCACUAUAUCGAUGACCAAAAGGAUCACCGUCUCCGUAUACCUUCUCGCGCGAUCCAGUAUGUGGGCUUCAACAGCACAAAAGGACAGCCGGCCGGUGGAUCGGGAGGAGUAAGAGGCGCAUACCUCAGUGCUCGCUACGAGAGUCGACGCGAGGAAACAGACUGGACGGUCAUGCAAUAUCUCAAGGGCGACACGGAACUCAAUCCUGGAGAAAGAACUCCAGAUGGUGGCGUCGACAGGCACCUCCUUGACAAGGUUCUCUCUGAUUUGAGGUUGCACAAGUUGACAAACAUGCCGGUGAGCAACCUCAGCAAUGGACAAACAAGGCGAGCCCGGAUCGCCAAGGCAUUACUCGGCAGACCACUUCUUCUCUUGCUCGAUGAGCCCUUCAUGGGCCUUGAUCCUCCGACACUGGUGUCUUUGUCGCCGAUGUUGAAGAGGCUGGCAUACCAGUCGAGCCCACUGCUCAUGCUCGGACUACGUCCUCAAGACCCCAUCCCAGAUUGGAUAACCCAUUUGGUGGUGCUUGGUCAUAACCAUACCGUGGCAUUGAUGGGCGAAAAGUCAAAAGUCUUGUCCGAUAUGCGGAAGUGGGUGAAUGCGAUGUUUGCCUCGAAUACCUCCAUUGCGAACCAAAAAGUGGUCGACCAAAUCACAAGGGAAUAUGGCCUUCCACUCGCUGGCGUCUCCGGUGAUGUCUUGAGCGAGACAGGGAUAUCAAGACACCCAGAGAUGCUCGAGGAGUCCAGCGCUGCGCCGGAACCUCGAGAGGAAGACGGCCGUCUUCUCAGUAAGCUACUGAGACGUGCUGUCACUGCUGGUCCCACGCCACUUUCUACAUCCAUCUCAGAACCCACCGUAGUGUCCAACGAGCAUGGUGAGUCCUCGUCGUCCUUACUCGGCGACAGGGACAGACAGCUCGGUGACCCUCUCAUCGAACUCGCGUCCAUCGUCGUUCAGUACGGCUCGAAAACCGUCCUUGGCCAUCCUCCCCCGCAAGCCGGGCACAGCACUCCGGGUCUGAACAUGACGAUCUACCAAGGAACCCGUCUCGCACUCCUUGGCCCUAACGGUUCUGGCAAGACCACUCUUCUCUCGCUCCUGACUUCAGACCACCCGCAGUCCUACUCCCUGCCGAUCAGGUUCUUCGGUCGCUCGCGACUCCCGGAUCCCGAGCGGGGAAUUCCAGGCCUGAGUCUCUGGGAAAUCCAGAGCCGGAUAGGGCAUUCAUCCCCAGAGAUCCAUCAGUUCUUCCCCAAGCACCUGACAAUCCGGAGAGCGCUCGAAAGUGCAUGGGCCGAGACCUACGCGGGCAAACCGAUCCUCAGCGCGGAACGCAACGACAUGGUGGACCGAUUUCUCAGGUGGUGGGAGCCGGAGCUCCGACAAGACACGAUCGAUGCCCCUGGAUAUAAUGGUACUACUUCCGAGUCGGAUCUCAGCUGGGCGGCCGACAGAGAGAGCCACGCGUUCGGGACACUCCCAUUUUCCGCACAGCGACUUCUCCUGCUCCUCCGCGCCCUCAUCAAGCAGCCCGACAUUAUCAUCCUGGACGAAGCCUUCUCCGGCCUGUCCGCCGACACGCGGGACAAGGCCAUGUCGUGGCUCGAAUUCGGGGAGAAUAAGGCACCCCCAUCAUCAUUAUCACCAACACCACAGAGCGCAACCACCACCACUUCGCGAGGAGCACCAAGCUCCGACACACAGGGAACGAAUGUCCGAUUCCCGGGCCUCACGCCCGCCCAGGCCCUGGUCGUGGUCAGCCACGUCAAAGAAGAAAUCCCCGACUGCGUGGACGAGUGGCUCCGGCUCCCGGGCGAAGAGGAGGUCGUCGAGAACAGCAGGGGCGUCGAAGGCGGUCGCACGCGUGAGAGAGGCUGGGUCAAAUCCCAGGAUGGCUGGAUGAGGGUCUGGGGCCUGUAA